AGUCACAUAUUUCGAUAGGUCACCGAUUUCGGCACAACAACCGCGUAAUGAAAACCCAGCGCUGCGCAUGUGCAAACAUCGUUUCGAUGCUGACCUCGAGUAGCAGCUGACUGCCGUGGCCAUCGUCAACAACAGUUUUCACACAAGUGCGCCAGUCAUCACUACAGUACACUGUCAUCUUUUUAAGAUUAGAUUUGAUUUUAAGUACCGUCUGAUCCUCGUUUUUCGUGGCAUGUGUUAUGGAAAGCUGACACUAGGAGGAGGCUCGUAAUAUUGCAAACAAACAGCCUGCAUCGAGUUGUUUACGUGUAGCUAGUUAGCCAUUUAGCACAUCUGACAACCGUCCUGAUGGUACUUUUUAUAAUGAAAUGGAUAGCUUUGCUAUUUCCUGUGGAUUAAUACGUUCAUUUAACAAGUUUCUCAGUUUUCCACACCAGAUGUGGUUGGUUCGAACAAGAUAGAAACACCGAUUGACGCAAGGGCCUACAUGCUAAUCAGACAGGGAGAGAGAUGGAGAAACCUCCUUUCCGACAGAAUCAGGUGUGUGGGUCUUGGCUCAUGAAGGAGAGGCUGGGGACAGGAGGAUUUGGCCAUGUCUACCUGUAUCAGAAUCAGGAUACUUCAGAAAAAAUUGCUGUGAAGCUCUGUCGCCUUGAACUAAACUCAAAAAACAAAGACAGAUGGAGUCGAGAGAUCCAGAUUAUGAAAAGGCUAAAGCACCUUAAUGUGGUUACAGCAAAGGAUGUGCCUGAGGAGAUGUUGCACAUUGCCCUGAAUGAUUUACCACUUCUAGCCAUGGAAUACUGUUCUAAGGGAGACCUUCGAAAGUUGCUAAGCAAACCAGAAAAUUGCUGUGGAUUGAAAGAGAGUGAGGUGUUGGCUUUACUCAAUGAUGUUGGUUCUGGAAUCCAAUACCUCCAUGAGAAUAAGAUAAUUCACAGAGAUCUGAAGCCAGAGAAUAUUGUGCUGCAAGAUAUCAAUGGAAAGCUUGUCCACAAAAUAAUAGACCUGGGCUAUGCCAAAGACCUGGACCAGGGGAGCCUAUGCACUUCAUUUGUGGGGACUUUGCAGUAUCUGGCUCCAGAGCUGUUUGAAGGCAAAUCGUACACUGUCACUGUGGACUAUUGGAGCUUCGGCACCAUGAUCUUUGAGUGCUGCUGUGGAUUUCGGCCAUUUCUUCAUAAUCUCCAGCCUGUCCAGUGGACAAGCAAAGUGCGAAACAAAGGCCCCAAGGACAUAAUGGCUGUAGAAGAUAUGAAUGGAGAGGUCCGAUUUUCCACACACCUUCCAUACCCCAACAAUCUGAGCAGGACACUAUUGGAGCCUUUGGAGGGGCUGCUACAGCUCAUGCUGAAGUGGGACCCUGUCCAGAGGGGAGGCGGAGUAAUUCCAGACACAAAACAGCCCCAGUGCUUCACUCUUCUUGAUCAAAUUCUGAACAUGAAGGUUGUGCACAUUUUGAACAUGACUACGACACAGGUUCACUCAUUUUUGCUUAGCCAAGAUGAAGGCUUCCAUACCCUGCAGCAGAGUAUUGAGGCAGAGACCAAUAUCGAUCUUUUGAAUCAAGAGCUUCUGCAGGAAACAGGAGUUAUGUUAGAUCCCAGAAAGCCUGCUGCACAGUGUGUACUCGAUGGAGUAAGAGGAUGGGACAGCUACAUCGUAUAUCUGUUUGACAAGAGCUUGACCAAGUACUCUGGACCUCUAACAGCUAGAACACUUCCUGAAAGUGUGAACUUUAUUGUGCGGGAAACCAAAACUCAGCUUCCUCUGAGCACCCUCAAAAAGUUUUGGGGCGAAGCAGUUAGCUACAUAUGUGGCCUCAGAGAGGACUACAGCCGCCUCUUCCAGGGCCAACGUGCAGCCAUGUUGAGCCUUCUCCGCUACAACACCAAUCUUACAAGAUACAAGAACAUGAUGUUUUCAUUUUCUCAGCAGUUGAAAGCUAAACUUGAUUUUUUUAAGAGCAGCAUACAGUAUGAUUUGGAGAAAUACAGUGAUCAGAUGCAGUAUGGCAUAUCCUCUGAAAAGAUGCUGAAGGCUUGGCAGGACAAUGAAGAGAAGGCUGCUGCAUUUGUACAGGUGGCAGAGAUUGGUCACCUAGAUGAGGAAAUAAUGGCUUUGCACUCAGAAAUUGUUGAACUUCAGAGAAGUCCUUAUGCUCGUCGUCAAGGAGAUGUCAUGGAGCAAAUGCAGGAGAGAGCUAUUGAACUGUACAGACAGUUGAAGGCAAAAUGCAAAAUGCCAGACCCCCAGCAUGGCUACAGUGACAGUUCUGACAUGGUGAAGGUCAUUGUACAGACUGUCCAGAAUCAAGACAGGGUGUUGAGGGAUCUAUAUGCACAUCUCAGUAAAAUUAUUCUGAGCAAGCAGAAGAUUAUCGACCUGUUCCCUAAAAUAGAGAAGACGCUGGAGAGCAUUAAGGAGGCAGACAGCACUGUCAUGCAGAUGCAGAUCAAGAGACAGAGAGAGUUCUGGCACUUACUGAAGAUUGCCUGUGCACAAAAUACCACACGAAACUCUGUGAGCCAGAGUGGGGAGAUGCCCUCCUCACUGUCAACAUGGAACCAGACUCAAACCCAGUGUUCCUCUCGCCUACCCAUGUCACUGCAAGUGCCACACGAGGGUCAAUCAGUCAAUCAUUUACUGGAGGAGAACCAGCGCUACUUGAGCCAGCUUACCAGUUUACUGCAAGAAACAACAGAGGAGGAAUCUGAAAGCAUAAUGGCUCAAGACUGGAACUGGACUAAAUAUGAAUCUCUGGUUGAUAAAUCACAGCGUUUGUAGAGUCAUUUAUGGAGUCAUAUAUGCAAGGAAGUAGCGGUCAUUCUUUUAAAAACAUGAAUUCAUCAUCCUUGGAUUGGGGUUGUCUUGACUUGUAUAAUUUGUUCAUCAUAAAGUAACUUCUUUAUCUGUAUACAGAUUCAGUUAAAAUCACAUUUUGCAGUGUUGUAGCAACCCUGUAUUUUGAAUAUACAUUUUAAUUGACCCGGAACUGACAACAUGCAAACUUAAUUCAGACUAUAUAGAAAUGUAUUUAUUUCCAUAUUCCACAGUUUUCUGUGUGGGUUGAUUGUACUUUCAUAUUUUUAUUUUUUUUUUUGUAGUUCAGCAUUUUGCACUUUACAGGCUUACUGUGGAUGUUCUGACAGGAUUGAGGUCCAACAAUGAAAUUGGUCAUGUCAACUAAGUCACUUCUUGAAAUGUUAAUAUUUGUUGAGAAAGGUGAUAGUUUAAACAGAUCAAAUGAAAGGCAGAACAAUGAUGAUGAUGAUAAAAGCAUAGAUUUAUAGUGCUUUUACACUGGUAAACCUGUAUAAAUAUGUGUUUGGUCAGUUCAGAUAACGGUCAUACAGACACAGGUGCAAUGUCUGUCGUAAAUAAAUAAGGUUGGUGUCUCUGAAUUCCAAUGGUUAUAUCACGUUUGAAAUGAGAAUUUCAUCAGUUUAGCCAUGCUAUUCCCCUUUUAAGUCACACUUUCAACUGUUUUUGUUUUUUGUCCAAAGGUAAUUGGCUUCACACGAGAGCUCAUCACAAUCUAUUAUUCAAGAUUUUUUUUUGGUUAGUUGAACUGCUAUCCAAGGAGAUUUCUGACAUAUGUUGAAAACCAACAUCUUAUUAAAGAACACUUUUUUAACGUGUUUACUCUAUCCAUGGCAAAAAAUAAAGUGUAAUUAAAAUGCUAUCCAUUAUAUCAUUUCUUUGUUGUGAUGACUGCUAACCAGAGUAAUGAGAUAAUAAUUUCACAAUAAAUA